UUUGAUUAUGUUUAUUGUUUCCAGGUAUUGUACAGAUCUAAGUCAGUCCUGAAACGUCUGUGAGGAGGACGUCCAAGACCAGAGAGAGAAUGGAGCGUCUGAAUUUAUCCAGCAGCACCAACACCAGCAGUAAUCAUAACAGCAGCACUAUCCUGGAAAGUCCUUAUACGACCGUGGAGAUUGCACUCAUUGUCAUGGUGUCUGGUACUCUGAGCCUCAUCACGAUCACAGGAAACAUCCUGGUCAUGCUUUCUAUAAAGGUGAACAGAAACCUGCAGACGGUCAACAAUUACUUCCUGUUCAGCCUGGCCUGUGCUGACCUCAUCAUUGGCAUAUGCUCUAUGAACCUUUACACCGUAUACAUUGUGAUUGGUUCCUGGCCACUGGGAGCCCUAGUGUGUGACUUGUGGUUGGCUGUUGAUUAUGUCGUCAGCAAUGCCUCAGUGAUGAACCUCCUCAUCAUUAGUUUUGAUCGUUACUUCUGCAUCAUCAAACCAGUCAGUUACCCGGCCCGUCGCAGCACCAAGAUGGCAGGCUUGAUGAUCGCUGCAGCAUGGGUCUUGUCUUUUGUCCUGUGGGCGCCAGCUAUUUUGUUCUGGCAGUUCAUCGUGGGAAGUAGAACCGUGCCACCAAAUGAAUGCUACAUCCAGUUCUUCUCCAAUGCUGCUGUAACUUUUGGGACGGCCAUCGCGGCCUUUUACCUUCCAGUGGCCAUCAUGAUCCACCUGUAUUGGCGGAUCUCCAAGGCCAGCCGCAGCCGCAUGAGGAAAGACAGCAGGAAAACUUCAGGCACCAGUCUGGGCGAAGGCGCCGUUAACAGCCAGGAAGAUGGAUGUGAGAGACAGAACAACUGCAUCGUGACCAGACAAGAUGAGGAGGAGGCUGCAAACAGGAACGAGAAGGAAACGCUGCAGCAGCAUAACAGAAACGGUCUCUGCAACAACAAAACAGUCGAGCAGGUUUGCUCCGGGGCAGAUGGCAUCAACGCUUCAUUAUCUAAAGGUUCAUCAGCAGCUGCGGCCUCACUACAGGACAGGAUGAAUGAUGAGAAAAAGUCAAAUCAGAGACCAUCACUAUCUCUCGAAACUUCAACUGCAGACAGGCAAAGUCUCGUUACGAGGACGAUGUUUAAGGUGACAAAGAGGGGUUCUGUAUUCCUUUCCAGUAAGAAAGCAACUGCUUCCAGGGAGCGAAAGGUGACGCGCACCAUCAUGGCCAUCCUGGUCGCUUUCGUUGUAACUUGGACGCCGUACAAUGUAAUGGUCCUGAUCAACACCUUCUGUUCCAUCUGCAUCCCAAACUCACUUUGGACCAUUGGGUACUGGCUCUGCUACAUCAACAGCACUGUCAACCCGGCCUGCUACGCCCUGUGCAACCCCACCUUCAAAAACACCUUCAAGCACCUGAUUCUGUGCCAAUACAAGAACAUCCGCACCACAAGAUAAGGCAGGAAACCAUCACUAAUGUUUACACUUGGGUCAGUGUAAUGAUAUCUCUUUUGCAAAAUAAUAAUGAGUCAAAAUUAUGAAAUGUCUUUAAGAUCUAUAACUGAAACAUAAACACAAGGU